UAGGGGGUUUUUUGCCGGCAAGGUCAAACUGGCUAAAACUUUCCUUUCUGAGAUCAUCACAAAUGUUUCCAGGAAAUAGAUGACCAUAAAAGGUCUUUUAGCAGAAGCAACAACUGCAGAAGUAACAACUGUACCGUCUGCUGGUACAGUUCAAACAGGGAGUACCCAGGAUGUGAGGUAUCUUUUAUAAUGUUUUGAGCUUUUCUAAGACAGUGGGUAUUGUUUAGAUCUUCCAGUGUGGGGAGAGGGCAGCCAGUGACCUUUUGGGCGGUGUUAAUGACCCCUGGGAGUGCUUUCCUCUGAGCCACUGUACAGCUAGUGUACCAGAUGCAUAUGGAAUAAGUUAGUACACUAACCUAUUCUUUAGAUUUGAGUUUUCAGUCAUUAUAUAAAUGUACUGUUUAUAAGAUUGGGGAAACCUGCAGUCAGCUGAGACUGAAGAAGUCACUUGGAUGAGUGACAAAACGUUUCUCCAACAAAACGCUAUGUCCAGAUGAACAGAAUCAACUUUUAGAGAUACCAGAGUUACAUCUUUAUAAAACCAUUGCUGCUUAUCAUUAGACAUAUCAUAAAGAGACAUUAUAAACAUUAAAAACAAACAAAGUCAAAGAUUUCAUAAAAAUCAGAGAAAAGCUAUUAAAAUAAUCAGCAGAACAUCAACACAACAUUCAUCAAAUUCUAAUUCAAAUCUAAAGAAGUGUUCAUUACAGUGUCAUUACAAUCUGGCAUUUAUGUAGUUAACAUCUGAAGCAUCUGAAUCUGCCCACUGGUCACAUGACAAAGGGAAAUUUUAUAUAUGAUGGAAUCUGGAGUCUGUGUUUGCACAACACAGAACACUUUCUUGUUAAGCGUCAAACUUGAAGAGGAAACAUGCAGCGACUCUUUAUACUCACGCUCAGCCUGAUAGCAUGGAUCCCAGCUGUUCUCUGCUGGGUGAGCACUAAGAAGGAGUUUACUGGCCCGGAGGGUGGAUCCCUCACUGUCCAAUGUCGAUAUGCUUCUCACUAUGCUAACCAUGUCAAAUACUGGUGUCAUGGGUGGACGAGAACUUUCUGCGAUAUCUUGGCUCGAACUGACGAGACCUCCUCGGCCAAUCAAGACAAAGUGAGCAUUUUUGACGACCCGGGCAAGUUCAUGUUCACAGUGACCAUGAACGACCUGAAAGAGACGGACUCUGGGUGGUACUCAUGUGGUGUGGAAUUAGCAUCAGGGGCUGAUGACAUGGAUUACACUGAAGUGAAAGUGUUUCAUGGUGUGAGAGUUGUGAACAGCACUGUGAGUGGGGAAGAAGGAAGUAGUCUCACGGUUAAAUGCCUUUACACUCAGAGACUCAGACUAAGUGAGAAGAAGUGGUGUCGGAGAGGAGACCUGAGCUCCUGUCUGUUGACGGGUUCUAAAGGGAGUUACGAAGAUGCUUCAGUGGCCAUCAGCCAUGACAUAACUGGGGCUUUCACUGUAACCUUAAAGAAGCUGCAGAUGAGCGAUGCUGGCUGGUAUUUAUGUUCUGCAGGGCAGCAGCAAGCAGAUGUACAGGUUCAGGUCAGACCACACGGCUCUACUAGUAAGUUGAUAAUGAGCCUUUCAUUUUUUUGGACAUAAAAAACAUAACAAAUGAUACUUUUGAGCUUUGCUGUCUAACUGACUCGAAACUGUGAUAAUUAAACUUCAUUAUGGAUUUUAGUGUGCUGAUAUCAUCAAGGAUGAUUUUUUUUCAUCACAGGGAGUUUAGAGUUAUUCAACAUCCUUAUGUUGAAUAACUCUAAACUCCCCUCUCUAGAAAUGCACCCCGUAUAUUUUUAUUGCUAUUUAGCCAACAUUUAAAAGAUUUAUGACACAAAAAUCACAUGUGACACAGUUGGCUGUAAAAGAAAUGCAACUGAUAAGAGCAACACAGAAACCUGUAUUCAGAUAAAAACAUUGUUAUUUUCUCUCUCUGUUUCUAUAAAUAUUAAGUGCUUCUCUCAAAAUCAGCAUGUGGUGCAUUAAUUAGACUAAGUCUAAAUCAUGAUAGAACGUGUUAUCCAAGGAAAACAGGGUGACAGGUAACAAAUGGGCAAUUCUUUAGUUUUAGGCCCUCGCUAACAUGUCACCUCUAAAUGCAGCCUAGUGUUAAUUUGAAUAGCAAAACUUGACAUUUAGCUAAAUGGCCAGGAAAAAAUAAAUGAUGGAAACGGUUGAUUUUUAAAAAAAUAAUUAAAAACAACUAUGAUAUUUAUCAUUGCUUGAAAUGAAUGUUUGGCCGAUAAAGCUCGUUGACAUGAAAUUUACCCCUAACUGUAGAACGAACCAAAAAUUGCUAAAAUGCUAAACAGACAUAGUCUGAGAUUGUGUCAUUAUUGUGUAUCAUUGGUUGCAAAUGAUUUUAACACACAUAAUGCCAUUUUGUGUUAUAGACAACAUUAUUUUAAGUGAAAGAAAACAUACUAAGACCCUUCCCAUGUUUCACAGUCCUUACAUGCUAAUACAGGCAUAUUUACCAUCUCUGUGUUCUUAGGUUAGAGUAAUAGCAACAUUUCCAAGAUAAAUAAAUGAUUACAGCUUAUCAUUUGCAUAACCUAUUAGCAUUUUAAAUCAUGCAUUGUAGGUAUUUGUGUGAUUGCUUGGCAUUUUCUCCAUGUCACCUUGCAGCUACUGAAAUGAGAAGAAGCAGCUUUAAAGAUCAUUAUGUGUUUGUGACAGAUGGCAGAGGCUCUCAAGUCUCUACUUGUUCAGGGUAUCGAUUAUUAAAAGUCACCUAUGAACAAUAUUGAUGUUAGGAUGCUGGAAACACUCUUUACCUAUAA